UCAAGGAUCUAUGGGGCAGAAGGGAGGAACCGGAAGUAUGGGUCCAGUUGGACUUCCGGGUUCACCUGGACUACCAGGGAUUAUGGGAAUGAAAGGCCAACCUGGACAACAAGGCUUGCCAGGAUUAAAAGGAGAAAUAGGACCUAGGGGAUACAACGGACUUCCGGGUCCAGCUGGCGCCACUGGUCCUUCCGGUCCACAGGGUCAGAAAGGGGAGAGAGGUCAACAGGGAUACUUCGGACAAAAGGGAGAGAAGGGGGACACUGGCGCUAACAGCGACUGCUGUACACAGUUAGCAAAACCUACAAUUCAGGGAAGCGUUGGAACAAUAUAUCACGUGACAGCGAAAGAGAACAAUACUGUAAUUUUACCAUGUAAGGUCAACGGGUAUCCUCCGCCCAAGGUCACGUGGGCUAAAGACAAUGGUGUCACAGCAAUCAAUCAGGGCAUGUUGACUGUAAACGGUCUACUUCUGGUGGAUGUUCAUGUAGGGGACACCGGAAAUUAUACCUGUAAAGCCGAGAGCAUUCUGGGAAUUCAAGAAAAAAUUGUAGAAUUAAUUGUCAAAGAUGGUAAAGCAAAAAUUCAACCAGAUCUAGAAUACGUUGGUGCUAUGGUGGGACAAAUUGUACAAAACUUGUGCAGAGUAACAGAGACGGAUCAUUACAACCUUCAGUAUUCCAAGGUCACCGGGUCAUUUCCGGUUCACAACAUUAACCCGGAUGGGAGUAUUCAGUUCGCAAUGACUGGGGAACGUGACACCGGGGAAUACCAAUGCGAGGCCACAACAGAUACCGGAAAUGUGUUUGCCGCGUUUUAUGUGUAUAAGGACAUGGGGCAGCUCACAUGUCAGACAACAUUUGCUGAUUGUGCAAAACUGGACAAGUCUUAUUGCGGUGGUACUUGCCCGGCCGGAUGUACUGAUCUCAAUGAAGUCUUCCAUGCUCAUCGGUUUGCACUGAAUUUACCUGUAUGUCGGGCCGCCUUAAAUAGUGGUGAUCUGACGUCAUUGGGAGGUCACGUGGUUUGGAAAAAUGAGCAUGCCAAUGGCGGCGAGGCGUCAGAGUUUGUACAAGCCACACAAGUUAAACGUCCACCUCUCACCAUAUUGGGAUAAACAAACCAUCUCCACAUUGUAUCACAUUUAUAUAUUAUACUCAAUUGUAAUUUGUGUAUGUCAUCAUCCAUUAAAACUGAAAAUCGUC